AUGUUCUCCUGUGUCUGGGUUUCCUAUGAUUCGGUGUCCGUCGCUUUUCCCAUCACCAUGAUGAUUACAGGGAUGGUGGGAAAUUCCCUUGCAAUUAUACUAGUUUAUAUUUCUUAUCGAAAAAAGGAGAACAAAAGGAAGCAAUCGUUUUUGCUGUGCAUUGGAUCUUUAGCGCUGACUGACCUGUUCGGACAACUGCUCACUAGUCCUAUAGUGAUUUCUGUAUACAGAGCAGAGCUGAGCUGGGAGCGCGUCGAUGCGUCCGGGACCUUGUGCGCGUUUUUUGGAGUUUGCAUGACCACUUUUGGUCUGUGUUCGCUGUUUUUAGCCAGUGCCAUGGCCAUCGAAAGGAGUCUGGCUAUUACUGCUCCGCACUGGUACUCCAACAAUAUGAAAACUAGUGUGACCAAGCAGUUGCUGCUCACCAUCUGGGUUGUGGUGCUAUUCUUCGCCUUGUUGCCUGUUGUCGGGGUUGGGAAAUACACUUUGCAGUGGCCCGGUACCUGGUGCUUUAUCAGUACAGGUGACGCAGAUGUAACAGGUAACACGUUCUUCGCGACCACGUUUGCAGCUCUCGGAAUCACCUCGUUGCUGGUCACUUUCUCCUGUAAUGUGGUGACCAUCCGUGCGUUAGUGCUGCGCUGCCGGACGAAACCCAGCGCGUCUCAGUCCUCCAGGCAGUGGGAGAGACUGACCACAGAGACCGUGAUUCAGCUGAUGGGCAUCAUGUGCGUACUGCUCAUCUGCUGGUCUCCUUUAAUGAUACUAAUGUUGAAGAUGAUUUCCAACCAUACAUCUUCUCAUCACUGCAAAUCCUCCACCAUUCAUCUGCUGCCCAGUCAGGACUUACAGAUGGACUGCAACUUCUUCCUGACAGCCAUACGCCUGGCUUCUCUAAAUCAGAUUUUAGACCCUUGGGUUUACCUUCUGCUCAGAGAGAUUCUGCUGAGAAAGUUCUGCCAGGUGGCCAAUGCAGUGUCCAACUGCUCACUGGAUGGACCAAAAGACACUCGUAAAGAGAAUACUUCAGAUGAAACAAAGAAGCAGGUCAUCGCGAAUGACGAGUUUCAGAAACUCACUCCUCCGGAUCCUGGUGGAAGUGCACAGGCUUGACUUAAGUUGUUUAUAUUAUGCUGUGUAAACAUAAGCCUAAGGAAAGGGACAGUGGGAUAUGUAAAGUUAAUCU